GGGACGCUCGCGCUCUCCCGAGUGAGGUAUGUGUCUGUUUUGAAGUGUCCGUUUUGUUUUGGUCAUCUUCAUCGGUGAUCAGCGCAGCGAUCUAGCCAUGUGGAACCUGCUGUGGGCGGCCAUUCUGGUGGCCGUGCUCUCCACGUGUCAUACGGAUGCAAAGAGAAGCAAACGUGCAAUAGAAAACAGCCCACAGUUCCAGGGUUAUAAUUAUGAGCCACCAUCUAAACCUUUUACUUUACCACCUCCAGUGACGUCAUCACGGACAAGCAUAAUAACAUUUAGACCAACUACGGUGACAUUACCACCAUAUACUUAUACAACUCCAAGAGUUCAGACGACGGUAAGAACACCCCCACCACCACCAAGAACAUCAACAUAUGUGACACAAGGAUAUACAUAUACAACUCCGAGAACUCCAUUCCCGACACCGCCUAGAACGCCAUCGCCACCGCCACCGCCACCACCAAGGACGCCACCGCCACCGCCACCGCCACCACCAAGGACGCCACCGCCACCGCCACCGCCACCACCAAGGACGCCACCGCCUCCACCAAGAUAUACAUAUACAACUCCGAGAACUCCAUUCCCGACACCGCCUAGAACACCACCACCGCCGCCUAGAACACCGCCACCAGUAACAAGCGCAGGAUACGUUUAUACAAGUCCAAGUACAGAAUUUACAUUGCCACCGAGAACACCGCCACCAAGAACCGUGCCGCCACCAACUUCUCCACCGCGAACACUACCACCAUAUUUACCACCUGUGAAGACUCCACCACCAUACACAAGGCCCCCAUACACACCACCUCCACAAACUCCUCCACCGAGAACACAGCCACCAUACACAAGGCCUCCAUACACACCGCCUCCACAAACUCCUCCACCGAGAACGCUGCCACCAUACACAAGGCCCCCAUACACACCGCCUCCACAAACUCCUCCACCGAGAACGCAGCCACCAUACACAAGGCCCCCAUACACACCACCUCCACAAACUCCUCCACCGAGAACGCUGCCACCGUACACAAGGCCCUCAUACACACCGCCUCCACAAACUUUUCCACCGAGAACGCAGCCCCCAUACACACCACCUCCGCAAACUCCUCCACCACGAACACCACCACCAUAUUUACCACCUGUGAAGACGCCACCACCAAGAACGCCGCCACCGUACACAAGACCCCCAUACAUUCCACCUCCACAAACUCCUCCACCGAGAACGCCACCACCAUACACAAGGCCCCCAUAUACAUCUCCUCCGCAAACUCCUCCACCAAGAACACCGCCACCGUACAUUCCACCUCCACAAACUCCUCCACCGAGAACGCCACCACCAUACACAAGGCCCCCAUAUACAUCUCCUCCGCAAACUCCUCCACCAAGAACACCGCCACCGUACAUUCCACCUCCACAAACUCCUCCACCGAGAACGCCACCACCAUACACAAGGCCCCCAUAUACACCUCCUCCGCAAACUCCUCCACCAAGAACACCGCCACCGUAUAUUCCACCUCCACAAACUCCUCCACCGAGAACGCCGCCACCAUACACAAGGCCCCCAUAUACAGCUCCUCCGCAAACUCCUCCACCAAGAACACCGCCACCGUAUAUUCCGCCUCCUCAAACUCCUCCACCGAGAACGCCGCCGCCAUACGUACCGCCCCCACAAACUCCUCCACCAAGAACACCACCACCUCCUCCACCUCCACCUAAAACCGCACCUUCUUAUUUGCCUCCACUUCCAACUAGACCUCCUUAUGUACCACCAAGAACAACAACACGAGAAACUAUAGAAUAUGAAGCUGGAUCAUUCGAUACUGUAUUUGGAAGAUAUACAACGAAAACACCUACUCGUUUUACUACAAGACCUACACCAAGAAUUACCACACAAUAUAUUGCUCGACCUAUUCCUCAAAUAAGUACGCAAGUCACUGCUCAGCCAUCUACUUACCUUCCGCCUUACUCUGAGCCAUCCACCAGAUAUACCCCAACUGUACACACGAUUCCUACGACCAGAUACACUCCACCAACGACUAGAUACACUCCACCCACGACUAGAUACACUCCACCCACGACUAGAUACACUCCACCCACGACCAGGUACACCUACACCCCAACUACAACCAGAUAUACUUCUACCACUACAAGAUAUACUCCAUCUAUAAGAACGACAUUUUCGAGUAGCACGUAUAGUCAAACUACACCUGUCUAUUCGUCGACCACUCCGUCAACUUUUACUCCAACUCGACCACCACCAUAUCUUCCGCCGUCAACCCAAAGACCAGUAUAUCCAACUGUGACACCGCCGCCGCCACCUGAACCUAUUUACAGCCUUACACCAAGCACGCCAACUUUGCCGCCACCAACCGGAAGGCCUGCACCACCUCCAACACUGCCGCCUACAACACCUAGGCCAACUUUAGGAUACAAUUAUCCGAUUCCCGAUAUUCCGUUUGAAACUCGCAAACGAUGAAAAUGACAUGGGCUGACAUGAGCAGCUUGCAGGGCGUUACCAAUUAACAAAAUCUUAAAUAUUAGUAUGUGUAAUAUUAAUAUUAGCAAAGAUUAUUUAAUGGCUAAUAUAGGUAACGCAGAAUUCUUCGCCAGACAUUUAGAGAGUUGUCAUCUUUUUUAUAUAUCGAUCAUUUUCGCUACACUAUUUUUUCUAAAUAAGAAUUUAGUCGGCCAACGUACGAAUGUCUCUUUAUAUAUGUA